CAGAUACAUGACAUAUACUACAAUGGUAUUACAUUGUCCAUGUUAUCAAAACAAUGAUAAAUGUAAUUGGUGACUUCAUUUGACAGAAAAGAAAAAAGUAAUGGAAAUUACUGUUAUAUUUCAAAUUGUAAAUUAAAGUGAAAAGGGGUAGAAGAAAUGAUGCAUUUUUUGUUGAAGCUACGUGCAUGUUUUAAAUUGAAACUGAUACUAAAGUAAAAAGGAGAUUAAGAUGAAAUACAUGUGUGUUGAAGAUACAAGUAUGUAAGAAAAUUAGAAGUGAGGAAGAAAUGACCAAGUGACAACAUUAAUGACAUCGAUUUUCAGCUGAAACUAUAAGGAGGUUCAAUAAAAAGGUCUGAUUCAACAAAAAGUUACAAUUAAUAAAAGUUGAUCCCCAGAUGUGACACAUACAGUAUUUCUGGAAUCUCUGCAAUUGACAUACUAGAUUAAAAGCACCUUCAAAUUAUCCUAAACACUUUGAACAUCAUCAUAGUAUUCCAUGAUGUGAUGGUGUCACAUGCAGAUGAACUAUGAUGUAGGCGGAUAUGGAACAGUUUGUGAGAUGUGUGUUUUCAAAAGGAACAAACUUACAACUCUAAUAUUAUAAUGAGGUUAUUUCUGAUAAAACAUUACUGGAGAAGGUUUCCCAAAAGGCCUAAUCUUAUGAAGAUGGGAUCUCAAUGCAGUUGGAAAUACUUACUGAAGUGAACAUACCAAGGGAGCUACCACCUAAUUUUGUGAAGGAUGCAACUGUUGAACAAAGUGAACAUGUUAAGACAAACAACAGCACCCUCUGUGUUCCAUGCUACACACACUAUAGCAUCAGCCAGUAUACCUAUGGAAACCACAAUUCCAACAAAGGCAAACCCUAAACCACAGUCUACUACAACUGAACAAUAUAAUGCAACAACUGAGCAAGUUAUUACUGAGCAAGCAACAACUACUACAAUAGAUAACACAACGGAAGCCUUUAAAACUGCACAUGACAUUACAACCACAAAAAACAAAGAAACUACAACUGGCUAUGAUGACAUCAUUUAUACAAGUAAAGGAAACAAUGACAUCCUAAAAGGUGUGGAAAUGAGGACUACUGAAUGGGAUGUUGUUAUGAAAGAUGGAGUGAACACAAUGGUGAAUGAAACAGAAGCUGCCGGACAGCAGGGUGAAGGGAACAAUGGUGCUGGCAUAAUGGCAGGUGUUAUCGCAGGGGUGGUGAUCUUGAUAAUUCUUGUCCUUCUCGUGGUUAUACUACUGUAUCUAUGGCGAUGUCGCUUAAGGGAGGAGUCAAGACAACCUCAAGCUCAUAGAUAUGAGGAUGAUGUUGAUACCGAUAAACCCAGUUUUGAUAACCCUGUGUAUGAAGGAGAUAGUGGAAAGUCAGAAAGCCCCACUAUUGUACUCUCUGAUAAUUCUGAUAGAGGGAUUGACACUGGGGAACAACACAUGCAGAACAAAAUGGCUGUUGUGUCACCAUAUAUGACAUAUGCAGAGCCACAUUUAUAUGCUGUACCACAUAAAGAUAGAUCUAAUUCAAUGAAUGGUCACGACUCUGAUUUAAGCUCCGAUAUAUAUGAUGAUAUCUUGAGUACUAAUGCUCCAGAUGUCCCAGCUAAAUCAACAGAACUGCUGAACUCUGAUGUUGACGAUAAUGACCCUGAUGAACCAGAUGCAGAUUUUAUGGCUUUCAUUGGAGUAAAUAUGUCUAAUUAUGACGAUGUAGUGAUACCAAUGACCCAAAGUCCAAAACAGAGAAAGAAAAGUCACCCAUAUAAAACAAUAAGUGAAGGACUUAAUAAAAUAGAUAUAGAUGAUAGGUCACUCUUAAACACAAAUAUUGACACUGAUGCACAUAUAAGCACAAAAGAUGAUCUAAAUUAUACUGAUGAUGAUUUCAAAAUUGAUAUUGAUAAUCCAAAUACCCCAGUAAAGCUUGGUAGUGCAGUGCAAGAUUCUAACAAUGAUAUCACAAACAAAAUUAUCCAUCCUUUUGAGACAAUAAAUGAUUCUCAAGACCACUUGAUGACAGAAAUCAACCUCGAAACUGAAGAUAUUCCUAUCCCACCUCCAAGAAGAAAUAGCAAAAAGGUUGAGUCAAAAUUGAAUUUAAAAACAUCUCAAGAAAUGGCACCACACUUAAUUUCAACUGUAGAGUCAAAAGACAUUGUGAAAUCACAAAGCAACAAAACUUCCCGUCAGAAUUCAAAUAACAAUUUGUCCAACACAACUUCUCGUCAGAAUUCCAAUGACAGUGAGACAUCACAAAGCAAAACUUCUUCUUGGCAGAAUUCAAAUAAUAGUUUGUCAUCAGAAAGAAACAAAACUUCUCGUCAGAAUUCCAAUGACAGUGUGACAUCACAAAGCAAAACUUCUUCUUGGCAGAAUUCAAAUAAUAGUUUGUCAUCAGAAAGAAACAAAACUUCUCGUCAGAAUUCCAAUGACAGUGUGACAUCACAAAGCAAAACUUCUUCUUGGCAGAAUUCAAAUAAUAGUUUGUCAUCAGAGAGAAACAAAACUUCUCGUCAGAAUUCAAAUGACAGUGUGACAUCACAAAGCAAUUCACCCUCUAAGAAUUCAACUGGAAGUUUGAAUUCUCAAACCUUACGUAAAAAUUCCAAUGAUAGUGCAACAUCAAAAAGUAACAUAACUUUACAUCAAAAACUAAAUGAAUUCACUUCACGGCAGGAUUCAAAUGACAGUGUGACAACACAAAGUAGUUUUGACGACAGAGACAACGAUGAUCAACCCUCGAAUCUUAGAAGAUUUAAACCAGCAAUAUUAACAGCUUUGACAUCAUUUGAAGAUGAUGCACAUGAAAGACAAAACACUGACACUGAUAUACAAAACAGUGAGUCUGAUUACUACAACGAUACAGACAUUGAAAGGUAUAAUGCUACUUGCAGAGACGAUAAUGAUGAAACUGGUCUCUAUAGCGAUGUUGCUAGCACUAGUGAAAACAUCCACAAAGAAGAUGAAAUCAGGUCUUCCCUACAUGUAACAAGGACUGGUGCUUUUCCAGGCUUAGUUGAUAGAGGGGAUGAACUCAGUUACAAUGAUACUGAGCAUAUAUAUAAUGAAAUAACAAAUGAUAUACAAGACACACCUACUGAAAAUGUGUAUCAUGAUGUAGAGCAUCAAAGUGAAGUGGACACUGAACCCACAUACAGCGAGGUACUGGAAACUGUUUACUAUAAUGUGGAAGAUGAUACUGGGAAUGAUGCUGAUAAUGAAGAUGUGACUCCAUAUGCAAUUCAUUACCCAGAUUCAAAUAACAAAGACACAUCAGAUGAUCAAAACUUUGUAGAUAAUGAAUUGUAUAGUACAGCCAAGCACAUGGGAAGCCAGUGA